UUUCCUCCUAAUUUCUACUCAAUUGUUGGCGUCUCCUCUUAUCAACGGAUACCUUAUAUUUAACGGCUAGUUUGUUCUCAAUAGACCGCUUUCUCUCUCUCUCUCUCCGGCGAGAAAAAGUAGCUUUCUUUUUUCCUCUUUUCCCAAUUUUAAUACCACUUUCUUGGUGAUCAAGUUUCAGUAGAAAAAGAAUUGAUCACUCCAUCUGUUUUACUAAAAGAAAGUGUCUUCAAGAAUUCACAAUCCAAUUGUGAAAUUCAAAUUCAUCCUUAAUAUUGUUAUUUUGAAUCAGGAUUUUACAUUUUCUUGCAAUUUGCCAUAAAGGGUUUAUCGUAAGAAUCAAUGUGGAGGAAUAACGAGAGUGUUCAUAUGUCUUUCUUGACCCCACCGCCGAAAUGGAGGUCGCCGGCGUCGGACAAGAACCAGAGGUGGCCAACGAGUGCUAAAGCUGAUCUUUUUCAUGUCAUUCACAAAGUUCCUUCUGGUGAUUCUCCUUAUGUCAGGGCCAAACAUGUUCAAUUAAUUGAUAAGGAUCCAAGCAAGGCAAUUUCUCUGUUCUGGGCAGCAAUUAAUUCCGGUGAUCGAGUUGACAGUGCUCUGAAAGACAUGGCAGUGGUGAUGAAACAGUUGGAUCGUUCAGAUGAGGCAAUCGAAGCAAUAAAGUCAUUUCGAAAUCUUUGUCCCUCCGAGUCUCAGGAGUCCAUUGACAACAUCUUGAUUGAACUCUACAAGAGGUCUGGUAGGCUCCAAGAAGAGAUUGAAUUACUUGAACUGAAAUUGAAGAACGUUGAAGAAGGCAUAGCGUUUGGUGGGAAGAGGACUAAGAUUGCUAGAUCUCAAGGAAAAAAGGUCCAAAUCACAAUUGAAAAGGAGUACUCGAGAUUGUUGGGGAACUUGGCAUGGUCACACAUGCAACUGAAUAACUUCAAAUUGGCAGAGGAGUACUAUAGAAAAGCACUCUCUCUCGAAUCAGAUAAGAACAAGCAAAGCAAUCUGGCAAUCUGUUUGAUGCACAUGAACAAGAUUGCAGAAGCUGGGUUUCUGCUUCAAAGCAUAAAAACCUCAGAUAGAAGGCAGAUGGAUGAGUCAUGCACCAAGUCCUUCGAGCGUGCCACUCAAAUGCUAGCUGAGUUAGAAUCUUAUGGCACUCAAAACUCUAAGGGACAGGAGGAAGAGAUUCGCGAGGUAAGGAUAGGAUCGUCCACAUCAGAUGGACAUAAUCGCAGGGGACACGAGAGGCCACAUCCACCUCCAUUUUCUGCUUCUGAACCUCCAAAGCCUUUUUUUACUCAACCAAGAAGAUAUUCAUGUUCACUCAAUGAUGGCGAUUGGUUCACUAAGGACUCUGUUAGUGCCUGCAGUCGAAGAUUGUUAUUUGAGCAAACAUCAAAUAAUGAGAAUGUGCAGUUAGUUGUGAAUCAUAAUUUCAACAAGCUCAGUUCUGCCGAUGAGAUGAGCAAAGGAGCGUCCCUUGUACAGGGAGAGGUCUUCUCUAGGUCAUGGGGAAAUGGCGCUAACGUGGAAAGUGAAUGUGAUUUGCAGCCACUUUACUGCAAAUGGAAAAACAACUCUUCCGGAAAUGAUGGAUCAGAUAAAACUUCUCUAGAGUUGUCUAAGUCUCCGACAGAAUCAUUUGCUGAUAUUACAAAUGCAAGAAAAUAUUCAGAAGAUGGGGGUAAAGAUUGUUGGAGUUCCACUUUGACUUACAGAGAUGUGGUGACAUUAGCGGAUACCACCGAACACUUGGAGAGCACAAACUUGAAACCUUUAGACUUGGCUGCAUGUACAAGCAAGAAAAGUUGGGCUGAUAUGGUGGAAGAGGACGAGAUAGGUUUGCAAUUCCAUGAAAAUCCAAGCAAAUAUGCAGAUGAAAAUGAGAAUAUCGAUUCAAAUAUUAUUAAUCUUAGCCAAAGCAUUGAUACAUUGUGUCUGAGUGAAGGAUAUCAUACACAACCUGGACGAGAAGUGAGGCGUUCCUUGUGCUUUGAUCAGAAUGACAGACAAGAAAAUUGUUCAUCUAAAUCAAAGGGGAAGGAGCUCAAGUCUGGAAGCUUGAACUCCUUGCCCCCUAUAGGAGACAUUGCUUAUCAAACUCCAGUCACAUUGAUGCGGAGGAACAGAUUGCAAGUAUUCAGAGAUAUAACUCCUGAAAGUCCUAAACCUUGAACUAUUUUCAUGUACAGAAAUAACUAGUCACACCAAAUGGUUUUGCAUGAUGCCUGUAGUGUACUUAUUGGCUGAUCUUAUGAUCAUUUAAAUACUGCAAGACCUUUCAUGCUAGCCUAGCCUUGAGAAACAUAUGUUUGGUAAGUGUGUAAAUUUUUUCUAAACUGACUUCGCUUAAGUGAAUGGAUUUACUUCUUCAAAUUACUGUAUUUGGUGCCUU